AGGAGGCGCUCAGGCGGGCAGCGGAGGCUCCGGGACGCGUCUCUCGGCCGGGCCCAGCGCGUGUGCGCGCCUGUUGCCAGGGAAGGAGAGAUGCGCCGACUGCGCUUUCCAGGCGACGCGCUGGCUUUCCUUUCCUGGGCCGCACCGCCAUAUUGAGAGUCGCGGGCUCUCAGAAACGUGAAAAGCCCCGCGGGAGGCGCAGCGGGGUUUCUUGGGGAAAGGGGAGAAGCCGCUCCCCCCUUGGCUGCCCCCGUCCCUCUCUCCUCGGACUGGGAGACGCGCUAUCCUCACCUGAAGCCGGCGGGGCCUUCUUCCCACCCGGACCAGGCCUUGCUUUGGACAGGCAGGCGAGAGGCUCUGUCCCUGAGGCAGCCAUUUUGUAUGCUAUGGCAACUUGGAUGGAGAAUAACUAUGAAGAUAUAAGUUACAUAGACAGAAUGACGGACCUGGUAGCUGUCUGGGAAGUAGGCCUGAGUGAUGGUGUUCACAAAAUUGAAUUUGAACAUGGGACCACAUCAGGAAAGCGUGUUGUGUAUGUAGAUGGAAAGGAAAUAAUAAGAAAAGAAUGGAUGUUUAAAUUAGUGGGAAAGGAGACAUUUACAGUUGGAGCUGCUAACACAAAGGCUACUAUUAAUAUUGAUGCAGUCAGUGGAUUUGCAUAUGAAUAUACCCUGGAAAUAGAUGGAAAAAGUCUCAAGAAAUAUCUGGAGAAUCGGUCAAAAACAACGAACACUUGGGUAUUACACCUAGAUGGUACAGAUUUUAGAGUUGUUUUAGAGAAAGACACAAUGGAUGUUUGGUGCAAUGGUAAAAAAGUGGAGACAGCGGGUGAAUUUGUAGAAGACGGGACAGAAACACAUUUCAGUAUUGGAAAGCACAACUGUUAUAUCAAAGCUAUCAGCAGUGGGAAGAGAAGGGAAGGAAUUCUUCACAUGCUCAUUGUGGAUGAUGGCGAAAUUCCAGAAGUCUUGGAAUAGCUUUCAGAGACUAAUGCAGAUAAAAAUAUCAGGGAUUUCAAUUACUGUGGUAAUUGACAACAUUAAUAUGUACUUGUUCAUUUAGUCGGUGAUGGAUUUUUUUUAAGUUAGAGCAUAGAAAAUUCACUAGAAGGCCAAAUAUGUAUGUAAAGUUAUGUGUAAUCUAUUUUGUUAUAUAGGGACACUGAAGGGAAACUGACUAAUGUAGAAAUUGUUUACUUGAGACAUUUUAAUAAAAUAGCGCAGAAUAAAAGAGUCAGUUUGUUCAUUAGAAUGUUUUUUAUCCCUUUAAGCAUAUUUUUUUAAAAAAACUUGAUAUGUACUUCAGUGAAAGGCUAAAUAUAUCUUGUUUAGAUUUAUGAUCAGUAAAAUUGAUACCAGACAUACUGCAUGCCUAUGAAGUCAACUUUCAGCUCUUUGUACUAUGUGCUAAAAGAGCCCUAUAACUACCUUCCCCAUGUAGCCAUUUCAUUCUGUGGGCCUAAGAAGAUCUAUCUAAUCAGGCAAUAAUAAUAAUAAUAAUUAAGACCAAUUGAACAUCCCUAAGUAUGGAUAGCCAGAAAUGGCUGAGGCUCUGCAUUAACCAUUUGCUUUGGAAUGUAAAUGCCAUGUCAACUAUUGUGUUAUAUUUUUUUCAGGUUUUGUAAGAGAAGUUUAUAAUUCUUAAACCUUGAUAAUUUUGUUUUAUUUGCAAAUAUACGUAUAUGUGUACAGUA